AUGGGCCGAAUCCAAGGAGUAUUUCUGAUAACGGGCGCAAAUCGUGGGAUCGGAUUGGAAAUGACUCGAUCCUUGUUAACUAUGUCUGAUGUAUGUAGAGUGUACGCUGGCUGCCGUGAUAGGGAGAAAGCUGAGAAACUCCGCAACUUGCAAGAUCCUAAAAAGAAGCUUCGUGUUGUGGAACUGGAUGUUUCCAAAGACUGGAGCAUAAAAAACGCGUUAGAGGCUGUUGCUAAAGAAAGUGGACACAUCAAUGUGCUAAUAAACAAUGCAGCUAUACUUGAGAAGGAUCACAAAGGAGGAAUCCCAGAUGGCGACCGAGGAGCCUGGCUACGACAUUUUGACAUCAACAUUGUGUCUUAUGCGAUGAUGAUUCAAGAGUGUCUUCCAUUACUGCGGGUUUCAAUGUCACAACAAAAACCCGCAACUAUAAUUAAUAUAUCUGGUAGAAAAGGAUCUAUCGAACUAUGCACGGGCACAGAGGAGGUCCACGGUAAUUAUGCAUACAUGUGCAGCAAGGCCGCAGUAAAUCAACUCACCCGUGUACUUUCUCUGGAAUAUCCAUCUAUGCUUGUUGUGUCGAUGUGUCCUGGAUGGAAUCGAACAGAUAUGGGUGGACCAAAAGGUAUGAAAGAUCCGUCCGAAACGGCUCCAGAGCUUCUGAAUACAGUAAACGCUAUGGUUACCUCUGAACAUUCCGGAAAAUUUUGGGACCGAAAAGGGAGACCCAUCCCCUACUAA